GAUUUCUCUCAUUUAAUUUAUUUUUUUAAAAUUAAAAUGGCCUAUAUUCGCCUUUUGUUUAUUCCUUUUUUAUUUUUAUCAAUUUAUUCCUUUCCUGCAUUGUCUGACAAGGAAGAAGUUCCAUUAAACACGGUUAAACGAACAAGAACUUCUUUUGAUGCAAAACAUAUGGGAGAAGGGAAACAUGAUGUUGAAAUGGAUCACAAAGCUGUUUUAGGGCCAGAUACUGAUGAGUAUAACGAUUUGCCGCCUGAAGAGUCGAAAAAACGUCUUCGCGUUCUUGCUCUCAAAAUGGACAUAGACAAGGAUGGCUUUAUUUCGCCAGAAGAACUCAAUGAAUGGGUAUACAAUUCGCUUGUUAAUGUGGACUUGGAGGAGACAAAAGAACGGGAUGAUUUUAUUACUUGGCCUGAAUAUACCCAAGAAGCUUUUGGAAUUAGUGCAGAAGAUGAGGCCAAAAAAGUUCUUUCAGAUUCUGAUGAUUUGAAGUUGCUUGAAGAGGAUCGUCGUUAUUUUGCGGCGGCUGAUUUAAAUGGAGACUUGAAAUUGAAUUUUGAAGAAUUUGUGGCUUUUCAAAAUCCAGAGCACGCCGAGCAUAUGCAUGAUAUUCUUAUUCAGAAUACUUUAAAUGAGAAAGAUGCGAAUAAAAAUGGAAAAAUUGAUUUGGCAGAAUUUUUGGGUGAUUUGGCAAAUGAACAACCAAAAUCUGAAUGGUUUUUGAGUGAACAAUCACGUUUUCAAGACGAAUAUGACAAAAAUAAGGAUGGAGUCUUAGAUGGAGAAGAAAUGCGUGCUUGGCUUGUUCCAGAUUUUAAACAAACGGCUAAACAAGAAGCAGAUCAUUUAAUUGAAUCGGCGGAUGAAAAUAAGGACGGAAAAUUAAGUAUUGACGAGGUAGUUAAUGCCUACAAAAUAUUUGUUGGUUCUGAAGUUACUAAUUAUGGUGAACAUUUGCUUAGCGUUUCUCAUGAAGAAUUGUGAGGAUAAAAGGUAUUUCUGGAAAGAUUUUAUUUUGAAAGUGGAGAAUAGGGCGGUUUAACGACUGAUUUUGGUUAAUUUUUCGGUUUUGUGAUUUCAGUUUUUAGUCAAAAUUUUUUAAAAAACAAUUGUUUUCAGAUUUUUCGGUUUUUUGCAUGAGAACGUUUUAUUUUUGGCAAAAAUGGCAAAAAAAUUUCAGAUUUUAAAAUCGGUCGUGAACUACCCUAAUAGAGAACAUUUGCAUUGUUUUGCUUUAUUUUUUUUUUGGGUUAUGGUGCUUUAUUUAUGAUUUUUUGUUUUUAAAUUUUUUCUUUUAUUUUUCUAAUCUUUUUUUUUGUUUUUUUCUUUCUACAAAUCUCUCACUAGCUUUAUUAUUAUUGCAU